UCGCCAGCCCCCUCGUGGCCCGGUCCUCCCUCUCUCCUGUGCCAAGAAAAACCUCUCCUCCUUCCUCUCGCGUCUGCGCCCAUGUCCCCUGCUUCCCCUUCUCUCCCCUCCUCAGAUUCGCGCCUCAAAUGGCGGAAGAGGAAGCGUGACAGCAACCCCAAGCGGCAGAAGCCCCACGACGACGACGAAGAGGACGACGACGAGGAGGAGGCCGCCGCCGCAGCCGCCGCCGAGGAGGCGGCGGAGGAUGAUGAUCAUGACUCUCAGGUCAACAAUCCGGCCUCCGACCCUGUCCUCGACCUCCGAGAGACCGAGGUCCUCUCCGAUGCGGGACAGCGUAUCUCCGACUUCCCCCACGCCGUCCGCCGGGCCGUCAAUCGCCCCCACCCCUCUGUCCUUUCCCUCGUCGCGGCCGAGCGCUCCCUUUCCUCCUCCUCUGCCGCCUUCGCCUUCUCUUCCGCCCUCCCGAGGCCUUGGGGCCUUCCGCUUCUUGAGAACAUCUCCCAUGGCCAGCUCCAGGCCCUCUCCUUCGUCCUCCAAGACAACCCGUCAUUACUCCAGCCGCCCGACCUCGAUAAGCCAUCGGCCUACGUCUGCACUCCGCCGCCGCUCAUGGAAGGCAAGGGCGUCGUCAAGCGGUUCGGGAGGGAACGUUACAUAGUCCUUCCCAUGCAUGCUGAUUGGUUCUCCCCGACGACCGUGCACCGGCUGGAGCGGCAGGUGGUGCCGCACUUCUUCUCUGGGAAGUCGAGCGACCACGCGCCAGAGAGGUACAUGACGCUUCGAAACAAGAUAGUGGCCAAGUACUUGGAGAAUCCGGGAAAGAGACUAUCUUUUGUUGAUUGCCAAGGGCUUGUUGCCAAUAAUGAGCUUUAUGAUCUGAGCCGCAUUGUGCGGUUCCUUGAUCACUGGGGGAUCAUUAAUUACCUCGCCACAUCCUCAGUUCAUCGAGGGCUCAGAAUGGCUGGUUGUCUUCUAAAUGAGGAAAUUACUGGGGAGCUUCAGCUCAAGACUGGACCUCUGAGAUCCAUUGACAGUCUGGUGUUGUUUGAUAGGCCUAAAUGUAGUCUCAGAAUGGAGGAUAUCGCUUUGCUGUCGUCUUCAUCUUCUUCUGCAUCAGUGGAUUCUGAAUCUGGACUUCGUGAUUUGGAUAAUAGAAUAAGGGAGCGGCUAUCGGAGCAUGCAUGCAAUUACUGCUUUCGGCCUCUGCCCAAUUUGCACUAUCAGUCACAGAAGGAGGCUGAUGUAAUACUUUGCUCGGAUUGCUUCCAUGAUGCAAAAUUUGUUACGGGUCACUCAAGCUUAGAUUUUCUGAGAGUGGACUCCAAGAAAGAUAUACCUGAUCUUGAUGGGGAUAGCUGGACUGACCAGGAAACUUUGCUGCUGCUAGAGGCCUUGGAGAAAUAUAAUGAUAACUGGAAUGAAAUUGCAGAGCAUGUCGGCACCAAGUCAAAAGCACAAUGCAUUCUUCAUUUUAUUCGUCUUCCAACGGAGGAUGGUUUACUAGAAAAUAUUGAACUACCACGCAUGGCUGUUUCAUCUGAUUCCUUGAGAGGGCAGAAGCCUGGAUUGCCAUUUUCAGAUUCUAAUGGCACUGCCCUAGGCACUUGCCUUCAAGAAUUAAAUUCAGGAGACCAGAUUCCAUUUGCUAAUUCUUCAAAUCCAGUGAUGUCGCUGGUUGCGUUUUUGACCUCUGCAAUUGGACCAAGAGUUGCUGCAGCCUGUGCGAGUGCAGCAUUAUCUAUCUUGACGAAGGAGGACCCCAGGUCGAGUUCUGGGAGCACACAUUCUGAAGUUGGUGCUCAUGGAGCACGUGCAAACUUAGGUUGCCAGAAGGAGGAAACUCCGGAAGAUCAAGUGCCCUAUGCUAAAAAAGAUGCCACUUCUCCUCUUUCUCCUGAACAUGUAAAAUUAGCAGCCAAGAGUGGUCUAUCUGCAGCAGCCAUGAAGGCAAAACUGUUUGCUGAUCAAGAGGAGCGUGAAAUUCAAAGACUAGCUGCCACUAUCAUAAAUCACCAGUUAAAGAGGUUGGAGUUGAAGCUGAAACAGUUUGCAGAGGUGGAAACCACUUUGUUGAAGGACUGUGAGCAGGUGGAGAGGGCAAGACAGAGGCAUUCAGCUGAGCGUGUUCGGAUGAUGUCAACCCGGUUUGCUCAAGCAGGAACUACUCUAUCAGCUGCAGCAGGGCCAGCAGCAGCAGCUGCUGCUGCUAUGAAUACAAACACAAGACAACCAACCAUGUCACCCCCGGUUGGGCAGGCAAACAUGUCACCUGCCUUUGGCAACAACCUGCCAGGACAUCCUCAGAUGUCAUUUAUGCAACGACCACAAAUGUUUGGUUUUGGACCCCGCUUGCCUCUCUCUGCAAUCCACCCAUCUCCCUCCGCCCCCUCUCCGAAUGUUAUGUUCAAUUCUGGUAUGGCAAGCACUUCUAAUCAUCAUCCGUUGCUGAGAUCCUCAUCAGGAAAUAAUUCAAAUAUUGGUUAAAGCAGGUAUUUUGGGGUGGGAUGUGCAUUAUUGGCGGUAUGGAUUAUGUUAAUGCCCUUGCCUAGUGCAGCUGCAUUCUCUCUUACUGUGAUUUUAGAAAUAUUACAAGCUUUAGUCUUUCUUUCUCUCUCUUUUUUAACUUCCUUUGAACAUGUAAAUCCAAGAGUUGGAGCCUGACCUUGAUUUUGCUGUCAUGUUUUCACCUCAGAAGAGACACGGAACCAUUACUCUGAAAUGCAAAUCAUGCUUUCUUGGAAAAAA